AUGACGUAUGUCAAGUUCAUAGAGACAGAAAGUAGAAUGGUUUUUGCCAGGGGAUGGGGUAAGACAGAUUACCAAAACCUAUCUCCAGAACUUUUUUCAUUUUGCAAAACUGAAAGCCUGAGCCCACUAAACAAUAAGUGUCAGCGGUGGCGGCAGCGACGGCGGCUCUGGAGGCCGCAGUCCCAGUCCUGGCUUCUGUCCCAGCCCCACCAUGGUGACGCUCGCUGAGCUGCUGGUGCUCCGGGCCGCCCUCCUGGCCACGGCCUCGGGCUACUUCGUCAGCAUCGAUGCGCAUGCCGAGGAGUGCUUCUUCGAGCGGGUCACCUCGGGCACCAAGAUGGGCCUCAUCUUCGAGGUGGCAGAGGGCGGCUUCCUGGACGUCGUGGAGAUUACAGGGCCUGAUAAUAAAGGAAUUUAUAAAGGAGACCAGGAGUCCAGUGGGAAAUACACAUUUGCUGCUCACAUGAAUGAAACACAUAAGUUUUGUUUUAGCAAUAGGAUGUCCACCAUGACUCCAAAGAUAGUGAUGUUCACCACUGAUAUUGGGGAGGCCCCCAAACAACAAGACAUGGAAAGAGAAGCUCACCAGAACAAGCUAGAAGAAAUGAUUAAUGAGCUCGCAGUGGCGAUGACAGCUGUAAAGCAUGAACAGGAAUACAUGGAAGUUCGGGGGAGAACACACAGAGCAGUCAAUGACAACACAAACAGCAGAGUGGUCCUUUGGCCCUUCUUUGAAGCUCUUGUUCUAGUUGCCAUGACACUGGGACAGAUCUACUAUCUGAAGAGAUUUUUUGAAGUCCGGAGGGUUGUUUAAAAAGCCUUUUGCUGAUGAUCCCAAACUCAUA